GAGUUGAGAAUUCGCCAACCGAUUGUGGCAGUACUCGGCCACGUAGACUCGGGCAAGACAUCACUGCUAGAUAACAUACGGGGAACCGGCGUCCAGGGGAGGGAGGCCGGAGGUAUCACGCAGCAUAUAGGAGCCAGCUUUCUUCCCGACGACGUAAUAAAGAAGAGGUGCGGCAACCUCUACGACAAGAUGGGGCGAGCCGGAAGCAGGAUCCCCGGAGUGCUGGUAAUCGAUACCCCGGGACACGAGGUCUUUAGAAACCUUCGCGUUCGUGGGGGUUCUGCUGCAGAUAUUGCAAUCCUGGUGGUUGAUGUCAACCGCGGCUUUCAACAGCAGACAAACGAGAGCUUUAACAUACUGAAGGACAGAAAGGUGCCGUUUGUCGUGGCCCUGAACAAGGUGGACCAGAUAUCUGGCUGGCGCAAGACAGGCACCAUGUCUGUGAUCCGGUCCAUAGCAGAGCAGGAUGCCUCGAUCCGGGCAGAUCUGGAUCAGAAGAUAUACGACGUGAUUGGAACGCUGUCGGUCCUUGGGUACCAGUCAGAGGCAUUCUACCGGGUAAAGGACUUUACAAAGGAGAUAGCCAUAGUGCCCAUCAGCGCCAGAACCGGCACGGGGGUGUCGGAGAUCCUGGCGAUGCUGGUGGGGCUCACCCAGCAGUACCUGCUCAAAAAGCUGGCGCAAGAGGAGAAGCCCACCAGGGGACUUGUCCUUGAAGUAAACGACGAGGCAGGAAUGGGUCCUACCGCCAACAUAAUUCUGAUCGACGGUUCGAUGGGAAAGAGCGACACAAUACUCGUGGCAAAGCGGGACGACAUAAUCGUUACGAGGCCCAAGGCAAUAAUGCUGCCAAAGCCGCUGGACGAGAUGCGCGAUCCCCGUGACAAGUUCAAGAGCGUGAGCUCGGUUCAGGCUGCCGCCGGAAUCAAGAUUGCCUCGCCGGAUCUGGAUGGCGUGCUUCCCGGCUCCACCGUAUACGUGGCAAAGAGCGCGUCUGAGAUCGAGCCGCUAAGGAGAGCCAUCGAGUCGGAGAUGAGAUCUGUGUUUGUGGAGACCGAGUCUGACGGCAUCAUAGUAAAGUGCGACACCAUCGGAUCCCUGGAGGCGAUAACUGAGAUGCUGCGGCGCCAGCAGAUACCGAUUGCCAGGGCAGACAUAGGCCCGGUAAACAAGCGCGAUGUAAUCGAGGCCAAGGCCGUCAAAAAGAAUGACAGGCAUCUGGGAGUCGUGCUGGCAUUCAACGUCAAGGUGCUUCCGGAUGCGCAGACAGAGUCGGAGAUGUACCACGUCCAAAUAUUUGGCGACAGGGUAAUCUACCGCCUACUGGACAGCUAUACCGACUGGGUGGAGAAGGACACCAUGCACGAGGAGGAUGCCACGUUUGGCGAGCUGACACCGAUUGCAAAGUUCACGUUCCUGAGAGGGCUUGUGUUUCGCAACAAGGAUCCCGCGGUAUUUGGAAUCAGGGUAGAUGUUGGAACGCUGCGGCAGAAGGUGCACUUUAUGAGUGAGCGCGGAAAAAGGAUUGGCCAGAUACACCAGCUGCAGGAAGACAAGAAGACUGUGGGAUCGGCUCAGGAGGGCAGUGAAGUUGCCUGCUCCACCCACGGUGCGGUAGUCGGACGGAACAUCAGGGAGGAGGACGUGUUUUACACACUGCCGUACUCACACGAGGCAAGGCAGCUGCUCAAGAGGUUUACCCACAGGCUGUCUCCGGAGGAGCUUGGGAUACUAGACCACGUUGUGAAGGUACAGAGGGAGAUAGAUCCUGCAUACGGGUACUAG